UUACAUGCCGUUGUUGUGACUGACCUGCUGCCCAUUGGAAGGGAGUCUUCUGUCCUGGACACAAUUAUGUGAACGUGAACGUCAGGCAGAACAGCUGGAUUCGCUACCAUCUACCUCGUUUGUCAUCUGCAGCAGAUCAGGUUUCUUCUUCAAUAUCCACUCUACCACUCCUUCGUUGCGUUUGCCUGAGAAAAGAGACAUGCAUGAUAAAGCACUUAUCAUGAUGUCUCAGUAUGACUCACGUGUCGCAUGGUGAAAAGGAGUAUCUCCAUUCUGAACAUAAUCGCAUACAUGGUAGAGGGAAGAGAGGCACCCGUGCAUUCUCGUACCUUGUCUUCCAUUUCCAGCCCCUCCUGUCCAGCGACCUCGACGAGCGCCUCUAGGACUUCUGGGCCCUUGUCAUCAUCUCGGAAGGCUGCUGCAUGGAAUGCACUUACGCCAUCCUGUUCACAGCAAAUCAAGAGCACAUCGACACAACCAUGACUCACGUUCAUUUGUGUGAUUUACGAUACAGCGUCAGAGGCGACACGCCACAGGCCAGGGUCCAUCUUUAACAUCCCUCUUAUCGCAUCCGCCGAGCCAAACACUGAUGCACACGACCAUGAGAAUGCACCGCAAGCCGAGAUCAAAUUUUUCUGUCGUGCCUUACUCGCUGCAACUUGCAAGGGCGUCCCACCGACCUUGUGUGACAAAAGGGCAUGACACAGGCAUGUCAAGCGGUCGCUCUUCUUACCGGGCGCAGUAAGUGGCUCCGAUUGUCCAGCAGCACCUCAAAAACCUCCGAACUUGAGCAUUUCACUGACACAGCAAGACCGACCCUGUGAUACGUGGUGAUGCAUUGUUCUGCUGAUACAUACUUGCGGCAAGAAAAAUCGCUGAACAUGUAGCCUUCUGUUCGUCCAAUUCCCAUAUUCCAGUUGUCAAGACUUGUUCAGUCUCCUCAGGCGACAGAUCGGCAAGGGCUGCCCGCAAUCCAGCUGCAUCUGAUGCCUUAAUGGCCUUCUUGAUGCUGUCUCGGAGAAGCUUGGUAGCUUCGUUUUCAUCAGUGGCUAGGUCGCCGCUCAAGCGCGCCUGCAGAUGAAAUAGCAAAUGGACAGGCACAUCACAAAGCCUCACGUGAUCCGUUCUUCUUCAUGGUUGUACAGCUCGGAAGCUUUCGAGUGAGUCAGCUGUUCCUUGCGCCAUCAUAGGGCCAGAUGGUUGGUAGGUGCCAGAUGAGUCAUGCGUAGGGCCAGGACCCAUGGGGCUACCCACCAGCGGCACCUGUAGACGAAAAACAAAUUGAGACGCACAUUUGCCGUUUCUUAGUGUGAAGUUUGUACUCUCUCAUUUCCGAAUGAUUCAUUCCACGCUUGGAUCAAUUCAUCUGUUCCUUGCGCCAUCAUAGGGCCAGGACCCAUGGGGCUGCCCACCAGCGGCACCUGCAGACAAAACAGGACAAGCUUAAUUGAUUGCGGCAUCGCGUGUCUGAGUGCGGCCUCCAAUUGACGUUCUCGAGCCGCCUCGGUGCUGGCGUCAGCUCGAUCUUGGUGUCGGCCAAGUUCAGUCGCAUCAGUCCUUCGUCUCGCUGGAUGGUCUCAAGGCGCAGAAGAGGCACCCGGUAACUGGCGGGAGAGGCCGAUUCUCCGCGUCGUCCUCUCCGCUGGAAGAUGGACGGCAUCUGCAAUGGAAAGAAACAUCAUGUCCAACCACCCCAAGCCGGCGCAGCUGCCAACUGACCUUCGGACGCUUUGUCUGUCCCUGGUGGACGGACCCAUCUGCAUCACCGUCUCCGUCACCCUCUACUCUGGGCAGCCGGACGUACCGCGUCUCAUGGAUGGAGCUCGAGCGGCUGUGGCUGUCUCUGCCGCUUCCACCCUCCUGGCCUUGCAGGCGGGGGGUGCGCUGCGUGUGCCAGAAGCCCCACAUUCUGUUCUGCCGACGCCAAUGCCCACCCCUCUCGUUCCCGUUCC